AUGGGCGAAGGCGCCGCUUUUGCAGCCGCUCCUCGCAUUCCGCCCAGGACUUGCUCACCCCGGGUUUGCUGGGCCCGCCCCGCGGCGGACGACCCAGAGGCUCCGCGGCCAAGCAGCGGGCAGGCGGCCAACAGCACGCGCAACACGGCGGGGCUCGCAGCAGCAGCCGCCCGGCCAGCAACCGGAAGGAGGACCUGCACAAGGCGGCCAUCUUUUCCGGCCGGAAGAUACUUCCGGGCGGUGCUUUCCAAGCAAAGUGUUCAGCGCUUUUCCCGCAGAUCGACGGAAGGCUCAGGAGCCGCUUCGCCUUCGCGUCUCUCGGCAGCAACUGCCCGCACCGGCUGCAUCCGGUUUUCACCGGAAACUUCUUUAAACCUUGUACUAGAUCUUAGCUGCAGACAAGGAGCAACAACUGGAACCUCUGAAGUGCUAUUUUCUUUUGGAGUAACAGCAGAUAUCCGGUAUGCUGCUCUAGAGGAUGAGCAUAAUUUCUUGGCAACUUGGAGAAGAUACUACAGGCAUAGCCUACACCCCCAGAGUGCAAUUGAAGAUUGGAAGGGGGAGGAGAUUCUGCCUCAUUUUGUGCUACAGCGGGAUAUAACUGAUGGCUUCAACACCCAACAUAAGACACCUGAGAAAGCCGAAGGCCGCAACUCUCAUGGAGUGCAUCGUAAUACUUUUGAAGAAAGUACUGAAACUCCUCCUGAGAGUAAUGCUUCUAGAACUGUGUGUAUCUGGGAUGACUGGAAGGUAUUAAAAGGACGAGGCAGAGUUCCAGAUCUUGUGAUGCAUUAUAGAAAAUAUCACAAUACACUGUACUGCAAUAAUACAACUGCCAGCACUGGGCUGCAGUAAUUAUUUAUUUGAUGCUCGUUCUGAUAUACCCACAGAAAAUGCAUCAGGCACAGCUAAUGAGUAUGAGUCUGACAUGCAGAAUAAAUAUUUGCAUUGCUCAGUGAACGAAGGAGUUGAAAAUAAUUCCAUCUUCACUGGCAGACCUGAA